AAUGUCUGGUUUUAAUGCUGUCUAUUGCCAUACGUCCUCCAUGUCAUUCCACUUUGCAGGGUCAGUGCUGCACUGAAAGAUGCACUUAAUCCAUCUUCUUAAGUGUUUUCCUUCAUGCUUCUUAUUCAUGAAUGCCGAUGCCAGUCAUUCAUCGGACGCGUUCCAACUCGCAGAAGCGCACGCUGGAAUGCGCGCUCGCCGGCCCCCUCCGUUACGCAAAUUACGUAGAAAACUUUGCCACUAGACAGGGUGGAGCUGCUCUGUUAACGUUAGCAAAGCUCAACAUCCUGCUCCCAGCAACUGACCGACAGGUGCAGUAGCCAAUAAGGUUUGAGGAGCCAGAUUUCUCGACCAAUCACAAGUUGAGAAACGAGGGACUGCUGGGAUCCCUUUCGCCCCCAUUGUAGCUGAUCUCGAGGGAGUCUUGAACUAAAACAUCAACCAGAGUGCUUAAAGAAACCUUACAUUCUACUGGCUUGACGGGUUGGGCUGUCCACGCCUCACCAUGCCUCUGGUGACAAGGAAUAUAGAGCCACGGCAUGUGUGUCGCCAAACCAUCCCGUCCAACAUCCGCAGUGAGCUGGAAUGUGUCACCAAUAUCAGUCUGGCCAACAUUAUUCGUCAGCUUGGCAGCCUCAGCAAAUAUGCAGAAGAUGUGUUUGGAGAAUUGUUUGUGCAAGCUGGAGCAUUUGCAAUUCGAGUGAAUAUGCUGGGGGAAAGAGUGGACCGCCUGCAGGGCAAAGUCACCCAAUUAGACCCCAAAGAAGAGGAAGUCUCACUCCAGGCCAUCACGACCCGUAAAGCCUUCCGCAGCAGUCUGACACAGGAUCAGCAGCUGUUCACAAGGCCAUCUCUGCCAAUGCCUGUACAGGACACCUACACGACCUGUGAUCCACCUCCACCACUCAACAACCUCAACCAAUACCGGGAGGAUGGGAAGGAUGCUCUGAAGUUUUACACUGAUCCCUCGUACUUCUUUGACCUGUGGAAGGAAAAGAUGCUGCAAGACACCAAAGAUAUCAUGAAGGAGAAACGCAAGCACAGAAAGGAGAAGAAAGACCAUCUGAACCAACGGACACUGAAUCCUCGUAAGAUUAAGACCAGGAAAGAGGAAUGGGAACGUCGCAAGAUGGGGGAGGAGUUUGUAGUGCCCAAAAAUGAAAUGAUAAACUCAACAGAAGUACUGAAUGGCAGCAUUGGAUCUGGUGAAGGUUUUAACUCUGACACUCUGGACCAGAGUACAGGAUCCUACGCUUAUGAGCCUGGCUCCCCACUGCCUCCACCUGGUCCAGAUGACCUACCUCCACCGCCUCCAGAUAUGGCGUACAAUGAUGGGCAGUAUGGAGUACCAACCCAGAAGCGAACCAGCAUGCUGAGUCCGAGCCACCCACCUCCUGCUCCUCCCAUGCCUUCUUCACCACCUAGCUCACGCCCCACCCUCUCCCCUCCCCCUGCACCUCCUCCUCCUCCACCUGCUUCUGGCUUUGGGAUGCCCCCGCCUCCCCCUGGCUUUGACGCCCUCCCCUCCCCUCCUCCAUUCUCCUCUGCUCCCUAUCCUUCCCCACCUGUUCCCCCCCCUCCUCCUGCUGCGUCCUCCAUUUCUCCCCCUCCUCCACCGCCCAUGCCUGCAGGUGGUGCAGCACCACCACCUCCUCCACCUCCUCCUGGGCCUCCUCCCCCUGGUCCUUCUCCCCCAGAUUUCAACCCACCUACUCCUGUUGCUCCUUCUGCUGGUGGUGGCAUUCUUCCCAGCUCUGCACCUAAACCUCAGCCAGCACCUGCCAGUGACGCGCGCAGUGACCUGCUGCAGGCCAUUCGACAAGGUUUCAACCUGCGUAAAGUGGAGGCGCAGCUGGAGCAGGAGAAACAGAACCACUUUGGUAAUGAUGUGGCCGCCAUCCUGUCACGUCGUAUUGCCGUGGAGUGCAGCGACAGCGAAGAUGACUCUUCGGAAUUUGAUGAGGACGAGUGGUCCGAUUGAUCCUACUCUGUUGGUACUCUGUGCCGUCAUGGUAUCUUUGGCUCUCAAUGCUGAAACCCCCACCCCCUAAUUUCCAAUCACAUUCAGUCCAGUGGACCAGAGGGACUAUGUACUGUUUGUUUUGUCUAAGUUAACAUUUGAAACUGCGGUUACAUACUCUGUUCAAGUGUAAUCACAUUCCUUGAUCCAUUUAUAUGUAUUUAUUCCAAAUUCAAUAGAUUAGAGGUGCAGAAGUGUAAACAUGACCAUGGGUUUGUAUGUAGGUAUGGGCUAGCAUGAGAUUUUAAGAGCGCGUUUAACGUUAGGCCAAAAUACCAUGGUACACGGUGUUAGUGUAUGCGGUAUUGCAGACGUCUGCGGACACAUUCACUUGAUGUGCAGAUCAGGUCUGGGAGCAUGCGCUGGUGCUGCACGUUGUCAGAUCCACCACACUACGGUCCUUGAUGGCAACUACCCAAGCAAACAACUGUUCCAUCACCACCUCGCAAAGGUAGCCAUCUGUGGCAGACAGAUGAAACGUGGGUGUCUCCUUGGUGUUGUCAAGCCGCUGAGGUCCUCAACACUGAGGCACAUGUGUGCUGGAUUAUGAAAUGCGCCACAUAUGUGACCAGUCUCUCUCUCCCUCCCUCCUUUGUUCUUUCUCUCACUGCAUAUCCACAGUUUUGACUCUCCAAAAAAAGUUUUUUUUUUUUGUUUGUUUGUUUUAUUUUAUUAAUGAUUACACACAAUCUGAGUUUACCACUGAAAUUUGUUGGUUUGAAUUAUAACUAAAGCAUCACAGUGCAGCACGUCAUUUGAUUAUUGAUCUUUUUUUAAUGAAUUUAAUAAAUAAGUGUAGACAUGCUGUACAUCAAACAGAAGUAGUUUUCCACCAGCAGGUUAGAGGAGUCUUCAAUGAUUCAAGAGCAAUUUGUUUAACAGCUUGCUGACUUUGGCAUUUUGCUUUAAAUUCAGUGAUGGUGAAAUGGAAAAACGCCCUCACUGAUGUUAACUAGCUCUGUUAUCUCAUUCAUUGGUGAGGCUAGAUAAUUUAUUUCAUGGACAAACCCUCUGUGACUUUUCUGAAGUGGGGGUUUGAAGCUCAAACCCUGAACAGGCUGACAGUCUAUUGCAGGGCACAGUGCUAACAUACGAAUACGAACUAAGUAAUGCUAAAAAAUUCUUCACCAAAAAUACUGGUGCACAGACUUUUUAGAUGGGCCAUUGGUGCGAUUAAUUACACAAUAAUGCAUAGUAUCUCAGAUACUUGUAAAUAAAUGCUCAUAAAGGACAGUCCACAGCAGUUAGCUGCCUCUGCUAGCAGCAGUCGCCACUGCUAGCAGAGCCUUGGACCUGGCACACUUGCUGUUGCUCAGUGAGCAUGCCCUUAAUUAUUUGUAACAUUAUGGCUUAAAUGGAUGUGUUAUAUAAACAUUUGUUCCAGUUACAUUUGUCAUGAAUGAAGAAAUGAGGUAUAGAGACCAAACCCAUUUUUAUACCAGGCUGUAAAAGUUUAUUUUGCUGUAAAGUUAGAGAUUUUAAUACAAGUGUGUGUGGGGAUUGACUUGGUUUUGGAGCCAGCCUCAAGUGGCCACUUAAGAAAUUGUAGUAUUUUUUUUUUUUUUUUAAGCACCAGACAUUGCCCCUUGAUGCUUCCACACCAAACCAAUGUAGAUAUUGAUGCCUUCAAACAGGAAAUCUUUUUGCAGUUUUGGAAACAUGUCGUUUUAAAAUCAAUGCAUACCAUAAAACCUGUAAUCAGCUCAUAUCUAAUUUUCUGUGUAUGUGUGUUUUGUUGGGUUGUCCUAAUUAAUUGGCAGUGGAAGCAAAUGUGAUGUAAUGUCUGUGUUUAUCUCCAUGCCUGUGACAAUCAGGUGACCUUUUGCUGCUGGCAUUAUUUUCAUAUAUAUAUAUAUAUAUAUCAGGUGUCCCAGAAAAAUAUGCAACAUUUUAUCAGCAAAGAAAAUGGUCAAAGCAUAUGUCUAGGAAAUAAAUUUAUGGCUGGAUAGAAGCUGAAGUUUUUCAUACCAAUGUCAAUAUUGGCCCUGCAUUUUGUCAGUCUCUUAGACAAAAUGUUCAAUGUAAGCCCCGCGUUGGCCAGUUACGGCCUGCAAACACUUUGGGGAAAGUGUCCUGAGGAAUGUUUCGGAUUUCUCGGCAAAUGUUUUCCUUCAGUGCAUCGGUGCUUGGCAUCAACAUAAACUUCAGGGUCUCUGCAAGUAAAGAAGAAACAUAAGUGAUUAAGUUUGUAGCAUUUAAGGGUCAAGUUGAGUGUUUUAAAUGUUGUAUACUUUUUUGGGAAGGAUUGGGAAAGGGAGCACACAGUACGUGCCCACCACCUCUUCCAUACACAGUAUUUGCACCUACACAGAGGAAUGAUGGAGGGUGGUGCAUUGUUAAAACAUUCUUUGUGAUAAAAUAUGUAUAUGUAUUGUUUAUAUUGAAUAUCAAAUCAUAUAUGCAAAAAUAUAAUGUAAUAUGUUUAAAUCAACAGGACCCCCCCCCCCCCCCGCCCACACACACACACACAUUAGUUUUCAAUCUUGUAGCUACAGUCAUUGUGGAUGUUGUGCAUGAUGGAUGGAUGCAGUUUGAUAGUCAGUGUAAUGGGGAAGUACUGGGUCAUGUCAGACACCUGGUUGUGCUUGACAUGAUUGCGAGUCUGAGUCAUAUGUUGACAUUUACCACUGGUGACAAGACUGCUUUUGUACAGUGUUUCUGUCUGUAAUCUUUUGGGGGUUAAUCAGUGUCAUCUUCACAGCAUCAGACAGCUUUGUCUUAUCCUGCUGCCUGAAUGUUAAGUGCCUUUUUCUACAUGUAAUGACUUUACAUGUUAAACUUGUGUAUCCACAUUGAUCAGUCAGCUGUGGAACUCGGUGAUGUCUGGUAUUCAACAUGUAUUUCUCAAGUGCCUUUUAUUUUAAAACCAAAUUCUUCCUGCGGAAGCACAAUUGCAUAGCUUGCUUUGCCACAUAUUUUUUGAUUCUCCAGCCUUUAAAUUUUUAAAUGAUAGUUAUUCCAUUAAAUAAUAAAGCUAUUGUGAUGAA